AUGGUUGAACGCCGCCUCCCGGUUCAGCAGCUGGUGAUUCUCUCAAUAUGUCGUUUCGCAGAGCCCAUCGCCCUUACGUCCGUCUUUCCCUACCUCCCUGAAAUGAUCGAGUUCUUUGGAGUCCCCGAGAACGAUAUCGCUCGCUGGGCCGGCCUCACCUCCGCCAUCUUUUCGCUAUGCCAGGCGCUUACCGGCAUACCUUGGGGUGCCGCUUCUGACCGCUUCGGGAGGAAACCGAUAAUAUUGAUUGGCUUGUUCAAUACCAUGGUCACCAUGUUGGUCUGGGGCUUCUCGACCAGCCUGCCCAUGGCCAUUGCUGCCCGUGCCUUCUCGGGCUUGGGCUCCGGGAAUGUGGGCAUCCUGAGGACGACCGUGGCCGAACUAUGUCCUUGGAAGGAACUACAGCCGCGUGCUUUCAGCAUCAUGCCAUUGGUCUACACCAUCGGAGCCAUCAUUGGUCCGACUCUGGGCGGGGCAUUGUCGAAUCCCUUACGAAUAGACCCUCGAAGCCCGCCCGGGCACCGAUUCCUCGAGAGAUAUCCUUACUGCCUGCCCAAUCUGGUGGCGGCUGCCAUAUUCUGUAUCGGUAUUCUGGUUGGGCUACUCUUCCUCGAGGAAACCCUCGAGACGAAGAAGAACCAUCGAGAUUACGGGCUCAUCAUCGGCUCCAAAAUCACCGCUUGGUUUCGCAGAACGUUCCACAUUCCCAAGCAGCCGAGGAUGCACCCCGAGCGCGAGCCGCUGCUGGACCCGCUCAAGGAUGACGACGAGCGACUGCUAGACGAUGAUCCUGCUACAACAACCCACCGUGAAGGUCCCCCAACAAUCAGAGAGGUUCUUUCGUACCAAACGACUCUGAACCUCGUGGCCUAUACGUUUCUUGCCCUAUACACGGUUGCUUACGAUCAGCUUCUCCCUGUUUUCAUGCAUCACCCCCCGCAGUCACUGGACGAUCCCAAUGUCUCGCUGCCUCUGAAGUUUGCAGGCGGCUUUGGCAUAGGCUCACGACGUAUUGGUGCCAUGUUUACCGUCUUCGCCGUCACAUCUACCAUCAACCAGUUCUUCAUCUUCCCGUCGCUCGCGCGUCGUCUCGGUGUUCUUCGCUGUCUCCGCAUCGCAUUCUUGAUCUUUCCCUUCAUCUUCUUUGUCACACCCUUUGUGUCUCUCUUACCGGGACAGAAGACCAAGGAAGUGGUCAUGGUCGUCUUGCUUGUCAUUCGCGGCAUCAGCGGCACCUUCGCCUUCCCGACCAACACGAUCCUGCUGACGAAUAGUGCCGGUAGUCUUCGGGUCCUCGGCACAAUCAAUGGCCUCGCAACCAGUGUCGCUGCUGUUGGACGCGCUGCGGGACCAGCCAUAGUCGGUAAUCUCUUUACUUUCGGAGUCAAGCAUGGUUACGUGAUUGUGCCAUUCUGGGGCCUGGCCAUAAUUUCCAUUCUGGCGGCGGUGCCGACAUGGUGGCUUGUCGAGGGAAAGGGCUUCGGCGAUGACCCCGAGCCUGACGAGGGAGAUGUUCUAUCAUCGUCAGCCUUGUCGAUCUCUUCAGAGGACGGAUCCAAGCAAGCCACCGGAAUACGAGAUGGCGCUCUGUCCGAAUCGGAGUAUUGUGAGCCUACGAACCCGCUUUCCUAUACGAACACCCGCUCAAGUGAAGCAUCUGCAUCCGAUGAUGAGUUGGAUGUGGAGGCCAACGAGACAAGAGAUGGCCACCACUCUUUUGCUGCAAGGCGGUCCAGUAGCGGGAGUCGGGGUCUCCGUCACGUACGUGGUCAUUCUCAUGGAGGAAGGAGUGUGACUUUGCGAAGACGGUCUUCUGUUCCGAUUGGCAUGGGCGUAGGAUUCCAGAGACUAAGCUCGAACCUUGGCAGUACGGGCAUAGGUGCCGAUGGAGCGAGCUGGGGUGGAGGUUGA